AGGUUAUUACGAUGAUCGCUCGCAGCCUACUUGGACUUGCCCUGCUGGUGGUUUGCAAUUCGGCAGUUGACGACCACGAGGUUGCCACUCGAAUAGCCAGCGCUAAAUGUCAGGAAUACGUGGAUAUGGUUUCAACGCCACAUGACGUCAUGACACUGGCGCUGGAUUCACCCGUUCGACACGUGUACAGCCUGGAGUGUCCACUGCAGAACCCUUACGUGCUCGGUGGCAAACGGGUUACCAAACAUGAAUUCCCCCACAUGGUAGCGUUGUGUUACCGAAGGUUUCCGGGAAGCACCGAUUCUUCCAAUCGGUACGAGUUUCUUUGCGGUGGGACACUCAUCAGCGAGCAGUUCGUUUUGACUGCCGCCCAUUGCAUUAACGACAAACUUGAUGUUGUUCGAGUCGGAGUUGUGGAUCUGAACGACCCAGACGCUGAGGAUUAUCGCAUCGGCGAACAGUUCAUUCAUGAGGACUAUUCACCGGUGACGAAAUACGAUGACAUAACUCUGCUACGGUUGCAUCGCAACGUGAGCAUCACACUUCACAUUCGACCGGCUUGUCUAGGAACGGACCGUACCGAACGAAUACGACGUGCCACGGUUACCGGCUGGGGUAAAACAGAUCUUGAUUCGGGCCCUUCCAACGAACUGAACAAGGUUUCGCUAGACGUACCAACGGAUCGUCGGAAAUGCUCCAAAAUGUACAACCGUCCCGGGUACAGCCGGCUGAUGGAUCGACAGAUUUGUGCCGGAUCGUUGGAGGGCAGUCAGGACGCUUGCCAGGGAGAUUCCGGGGGUCCGUUGCAGGUGUUCGAGGAAGGCAAAUGCCGCUACCACGUGAUCGGAGUGGUCUCGUUCGGUAAAAUCUGCGGUUCGGCCGAGUACGGAAUCUACACCCGGGUUUCGCGUUACCUUGCCUGGAUCGUCGCAAAAGUUUGGCCCGAUCAGUGGCAGCACCGGGACGAAUGGGAAUACUCAAACGAGCCGACGACAUUAUUCAUAACAUCUCCCAGGGAAGCAGCAACAGAAGGCGACUCAUGUCCGUUCCAAACGGGUCCGGGUGUAUGCCUCGGCUACAGCAACUGCCGUCCGGUGCUGGAAUCGCUGGCUGCCCGGAUAACGGUGUGCACCUACAACGCCAAGGAAGCGGUCGUCUGUUGCCCUCAUGACUAUCAGAUGCGCAUGGAAAAGCUACAGACGCACCAGGCGGGACUGCGAAUCAGCGCUAAAAAAUGCAAGGAAUAUGAGCGAUUGGCCAGCCCCACUCAAAUCCUGAGUUGGCUCAAACCGAACGCCGAGCUGAUUCAGAAGCGAGGCAAAAUGUGCAACGCAGACAACAAGCUGAUUGUGGGUGGUGAAGCGGCCAAACUGGGUGAAUUUCCGCACAUGGCAGCCAUCGGCUAUCGGAAGCCGGACACCGGCACCAUCGAGUACCGGUGCGGUGGAUCGCUGAUCAGUGAACGGUUCGUACUGACGGCAGCGCACUGUCGCAGCAAGGAAGCGGUGUUGGUUCGGUUGGGAGAUUUGGAUUUAUCCAGCGAUUCGGAUGGGGCUAGACCCGAGGAUUAUGCAAUUGAAACGUUCAUCAAACAUCCGGACUACACCAUCCGCAAGAAGUACGAUGAUAUUGCGUUGGUUAAGUUGGCAGAGGCAGUCCGCGUGAGCCAUCGGAUCCGGCCGGCUUGCCUGUACCAAUCGGUGGAGGUCGAAGAGCACAAGCUGAUCGCAACCGGGUAUGGAGCCGAGGAGAGUUUUGGUUCCAGUGCCAAUCAGCUGCUGAAGGUGGUCCUCGAUCGGUUCAGUAGAGCGAGCUGCCAGCAACAGUAUCGCGAUAUCGGUCAACUACUCUCGCAGGGCAUUGCCGACAGUCAAAUCUGUGCCGGUUAUGUCGAUGGUGGCCGGGACACCUGCCAGGGUGAUUCCGGCGGGCCGCUGCAGGUACGGGACGCGGACAAUGAUUGCCUGUUUUACGUGGUCGCCGUCACCUCGUUCGGCAAAUCCUGCGGUACGGCCAUUCCGGGUAUUUAUACACUUGCUUCCUGGUACCUGGACUGGAUCGAGUCCAUCGUUUGGAGCCCGACGAUGUAGAAUGUAGCUGAAAAAUAAUAAAAUGAUUAAACCGUGUGACCGUUUCG